AUGCAAUCCUCAACUUUUCUCAACCUCCUAGCCCUAGCAGCCGUCCCAGCCGCAGCUCUCAGCGGCAAAGCCACCACAACACGCUACUAUGACGGCCUCGAAGGCGCCUGCGGCUGCGGCACCUCUAGCGGCAUGUUCUCGUGGCAAUCCGGCGGGUCAGGAUUCUACACAGCCGCCGCCUCGCAAACCCUCUUUGGCUCGGGCAGCACCUGGUGCGGCUCCGGCUGCGGGAAGUGCUAUAAGCUGACGUCAACGGGAUCUGCUCCUUGCAGUUCCUGCGGCUCGGGUGGGGCUUCGGGGCAGAGCAUCAUCGUCAUGGUAACCAAUUUGUGUCCGAAUAGUGGGAAUGCGCAAUGGUGUCCCAAUGCGGGGGCUACCAACCAGUAUGGGUUCAGUUAUCAUUUUGAUAUAAUGGCGCAGAAUCCUGUGUUGGGCGAUAAUGCCGUGGUUGAUUUUGAGGAGACAUCUUGCCCCGGGGCUGCUGCUUCGGAUUUUGCACAGUGUCAAUGCGCGUAA